ACCAUAAUAAGGAAGUGUGGCUGGGGUGAGUAGGGCAAAAGGUGUAGCAUGCACAUUCAGCAGGGUCUCCUCAGUGUUGUUUGUUUUCUCUAUAGGAAGAGUCUUCCCUUUCCCAUCUCAUUGUAGGCAGUGGAAGGAACCCUCCUGCCUUGGUUGCUGUAUGAAGAAGUUUCCUGGUGACGGAAAAUUGCUGCUGCUGACAUGAAGACUUUGGUGUCACUCCUGCUGCUGGGACUGUCGUUUGUCACAAGUGCAGAUUGCACAUUUCGAUUUUCUUCAUACUAUGGAGAUCACAUGGUUCUGCAGCAGCAGCCGGCACGUGCCGUUGUCUGGGGGUACGGUGAGCCUGGUGCCGGUUUGGCAGUAACACUUGAACCUGGAUUGGAACCUGGAUUGGAAACCAUCUCAAAGACCGCCGUGACCAUCAAUGAUGAAGGGGUGUGGAAGUUGAUGCUGCCCCCCAUGGGUUAUGGAGGCCCCUACCGCUUGGUGGCCCAACAAUUUACAAUCAACACAACCACCAUCUACCUGAAGGACAUCCUAUUCGGUGAUGUCUGGCUGUGCAGUGGACAGAGCAAUAUGGAGAUGACCGUAUCACAGAUGUUCAAUGCCAGUGAAGAACUGAAGAUGGCCUCCAAUUACCCUUAUAUACGACUAUUCACAGCUUCCCUAGAACAGUCUACGGUAGAACUCCAAGAUCUUGCCAAGGUGGACCUGCCAUGGUCACUUCCAAGUGCAGAAACCCUCGGACAUGGCGACUUCACCUACUUCUCGGCUGUUUGCUGGGUGUUUGGGCGACAUUUGGCACACAAGCUGAAGUAUCCAAUAGGACUGGUGGAAUCCUCCUGGGGAGGCACUCCGGUUGAGGCUUGGUCAUCAAAAACUGCUCUUAAAAAAUGUGGGCUCUCAAAUGCAGCAGACAAUUCAUACAGUCUUUCAUUUUUUGACAUGGUUGCCGGCCCAUGCAAUUACUCCGUCUUGUGGAAUGCCAUGAUUCACCCCCUCCUCAACAUGACCAUUAAAGGAGCAAUAUGGUAUCAAGGGGAGCAGAACACAGGGAUGAACACAAAUCUGUAUAACUGCACUUUUCCAACCCUCAUCUCAGACUGGAGACGUAGCUUCCAUGAGGGCUCCCUCGGCCAGACAGACCCCACCUUUCCCUUUGGCUUUGUACAGCUGUCUACAUACCAGAAAUCCCAACAAAAAGACAACUAUCCUGUGAUCCGAUGGCACCAGACUGCAGAUUUUGGCUACACACCUAAUUCAAAGAUGCCAAACACAUUCAUGGCUGUGACAAUGGACCUCGGAGAUGAAAAGUCACCGUACGGCAGUGUUCACCCACGGGAUAAAGAGACGGUGGGGUACAGGCUUUAUCUGGGGGCACGCGCCAUUGCCUACGGCGAGAAAGAGGUCCGGUUUCAGGGUCCGUUUCCAGUUCGUAUUGACGUCUAUUAUGAAUACCUGUACAUGAAUAUUACAUACGACCAGAAGCUCCUAAUCACUGGGACCUGCGACAAUAUGUUUGAGGUAUAUUGCAGCACUGACAAAGGCAAAAGCUACAAGUGGGUCCCUGUACCGGCCUCUUAUCUGGUUAUAUCUCCAAAAAGAGUCACCAUCUCAUUUGAUGGAUGCCCUGAUGCUCAAGGAGUCCGCUAUGCCUGGAAUGACUGGCCAUGCGAGUAUAAGCGAUGUUCACUCUACAGCGUCCAAAAGAAACUUCCUGCUCCUCUCUUUGUGAAAUAUUUUGCCACUUGAACUCUCUGUUGUGAUUUUCAUUUUUUUUUUUUUUUUUUUUUAUGAUUUUGUGACCUCCUCCAAUUUUUGGGGUUUCGUAGGAACUUUACUCAGAAAGGUCGGCUAGGAAACGGUGAUGGCUCUAGGUAAAAAUGCCUAUAUCCAGAUUAGUGAAAGCAAACUAUAAAAAAUAAAAUAAAAAAUAAGGCCCCUUUUACAUGUAGCAGAUUCAGCUUGCUCAGCAGGGCAUCUUUCUUUUGACAGGUCUGUGUCGGCUCCGCUGAGCAGACAGGACACGGUCACAGUCCCGCUCUCCUUUACGGAGAAAUUGGAUGGAAAUAGACCACCUGUCUAUUACCAUCCGAUCUGCCGGACGAAUGGAAAAAAGGACCACCAUAGGCCAGUUUUUUGCUGGCAGGAUUGGAGGGGUCUGGCGACGGGUGUCUGCUGACAUCUGCCGCUCCAUAGUGGAGACUGAAGGGUCCACCUGGAAAAAACUGACCAGCGGACCUGAUCAGACAUCCCAUGUGAAAGGACCCUUAGGCUUAUGUGGGGUAAUUGGACAUGAAGUAUUUUUCCAUCUCUUAGAAGCACUUGUGCGUACGUCUAAACAUUUUGUAAUAUACUUGGGCAGCUUAGGGGAAGAGGAGACACUGGAACGUUGGCUGUUAAAGUAUCUCUUAUGGGGAGUGGCCUAGCGCAGGAUGUGAUUGGAUGUGUUCCUGUGCUGCUACAGUCUCUCCUUCUACAAUCCUGCACCAUCCUGCCCAAACUUAAUACCUAUGGGGGGGGGGGAGAUUGCAAUGUUAGAGGAUAAGGUGGAUGACCUAGAGAACCGUCUCCGCAGGAACAACCUGCGCCUGGCUGGUCUCCCGAAGCGGGUGGAGGGAUCUGACCCUGUAGCCUUCCUGGAAAGUUGGUUCGAGCAAGAAUUUGGCCACAAUCAACUCUCCCCUUGUUUUGUGAUUGAGAGGGCCCACUGAGUCCCUGGGCGUCCUCUCCCUGAGGGUCACCCUCCACGUACGAUGGUGAUUCGUCUCCUUAACUACAGGAAUCGUGGCUCCAUCCUGGGACAGCCCGGAAGAAAGGAAGUCUCCGGAUCAACAAUGCUAUGGUGUCCAUGUUCCCUGAUUAUUCUGCAACGGUUCGCAAUAGAAGAGCCAGUUAUCAGCAUGUCAAGCAGAAACUCCGAGAUCAUGAUAUCCAAUACUCUAUUCUGUUCCCUGCUACUCUCCGGGUUACUUAUCAAGGGUGGGUUCACUUCUUCCAGUCCCCCAGGAUGCCUUAUCUUGGUGGGAAUCACUACCUCAUUCCCCUAAGCCACCUGCCUGAUGAAUGUCCACCCACUUAGCUGGAAAAGCUGAUAUGUUUUUAUUUUUUCUGAACUUUCCCCUUGUCAUUUGCUCCUUAACAUGGGCUCUGUUGAGCCAAUGUCUGGUCGACCAUACAUCUCUCUUGUGUGAGAGCAAUGGGCCCUCACCUGCUGAGCUGGCCUGAGUUGCCAUGGGGUCAACUAUCUACCCCCUAUUUUUUUGUUGAACACCUUCUUCUUCUUUUUUUUUUUUUUUUUUUUUUUUUCCUGAUACUUUUUAUUUUCUGUUAAGGGCCAUGCGCCUCAUGCAUGGUACAAGUUUCAGGGUAAAAGCCCAUUUCUUGGACAGGGAUUAUGCUACCCUUACUGGGUAAUUGUUAUGGUACUGUACAUAGUAUUGCUGUGUGUGUGUGUGUGUAUAUGUAUGCUUGUGUGCCACUGAGACCCUCUGGAUGCUCUGUAGCUGUGAACGGAGUUGGGGAGGCUUAUGUGUGUCCUCACCUUCUUCUUGCGUAUCUCACCCACACGGACUUCCGGGACAGUUUUAUUACUGAAAUUCAACUCCCUGAUGGGUCAACUACCUCUAAAGCAUUAACUUUCAACCAAACAUUAGCAGAAUUCUAUGGCAGGUUGUAUGAGGAUAUGGCAGUACCUGCUGAGCAAGCCUUUAUGGGCUUCUUUGAAUCACUUGAUAUCCCAGCACUUGGUACCCCAAAGCGCCCCCCCCCCCUCCCCUGCACUGGUGAGACUACAUUGAU